AAUAUAAUCGUAGUCGCUUGUUUCGAGUGUGUGAGUACAAUGUGAAAGUGUAUUUUAAGGUUUGACCGAUUGAAAACUCAUGACUCGACUGGUUUGUUUAGGUGACGCCAUGCUUGUCCCUCGACGGCCUCCGUAGUGGCGGCAGCUGCUUGGUCUUCAAUCGUUUCACGUCAGAAGUUUGGCCAAAAAGAAAAAAAAGCAGACGAAGAAAUAAAGGUGUUCGUUCUUGCUGCGUGCGCAGGCGUGGCGGCCAUGGACGACGUCACCCGUCUGAUGUCCACAGGAGACACGGUGAAGAUCUGGGAUGCGGAUUCCAUGACGCUGCUGGAGCAGUUCAACCCGCACAGCGGCAGCCACCCAGUGGCGCAGGCCUGCUGGAUGGCAAACAAUCAGCAUGUGGUGAGCGCCAGCAGCAGCGGGGACAAAGUUGUCGUGUCCAGUCUGAAGUCUCCUGACAUUCCUCUGCUGGAGCUCGCCCAGGGGAAAGGACAAACACGCGUCAGCCUCAGCUCGUCCUCCCAGUUCGUGGCCAGCGGAGGUCUGGACCGCUGCGUCCACAUUUGGGACUUGAAGACGUCCAAGCUGCUGCGCUCGCUCAAGGAUCACGGCGACGAGGUCACGUGCGUGUCCUUCAACGCCAACGACAGCCUGCUGGCGUCCGGAGCUGCCGAUGGCCAUCUCGUCCUCUACAGUCUCACCACCAACACGUCCAGCAAACCCUUCGGAUACGGAAGCCAGCAGCCGGUGCGCGACUUGGGCCUGUCGUGCCUGAAGCGCUCUCUGCUGGGGAGCGUGUCGGAUGGCGGCUGGCUGACGCUGUGGGAUGCCAACACGCAGAAGGAGCUCCACGCCUUCCGGACCGCCCACAAAGCGCCCGGCUCGGCCGUGGCCUUCUCGCCCGCCAGCGAGCUGCUGGUGGUCAGCGUUGGCCUGGACAAGAAGAUCGUCUGCUACGACACGGCCAGCAAGAUCAUUGUGCGUUCGAUCCGUGCGGAGAGCCCACUGACGUCGGUGGCCUUCACUCCCGAUGGCUCAGGCGUGCUGGUGGGUUCCACCCAGGGCGACAUCUUGCGCUACGACUUGAGGAACAGCAGCGCCCCCACCAGGGUGACGCCGGCGCACGCCACCUCCGUCACCUGUCUGCGCUUUCAAUGCGCCACCGCCAGACACAAGUUGGGCAAAAUGUCUUCGUCCAGGGUGUCUGGCACCAAGAGCUCCGCCUCCAAACUGUGCAGCGGACAGCUGAGCCCCGCCCUUAACUCCUCCCCUCACAUAAAUGCAGGUGGAGUCGGAGCGCAGGUGGCCAGUCGAGAUGCGGGCGGACAGCAAGGGGCAGAGCAAUUUGCCGUCGCGGAGAAGUUCAGCAGCGUCGGACGAAACAGCCUCGACAUGUUUUCGCCACUCCGACAAGGUGACAACACGCAGCCGCCGACGAGCGCCGGCGAAACGUUCGGAGCGGCUCAAGCAACCGCGUUGAGCAAGGAGGCGGGGCUUCCUCAGAUCUGUGGCCGCGGCAGCCUGGAGAUGUUCUCGCCACUCAGAGAAGGUCAGACCGCCGACGUCGCCCCAAGGAAGCCGUCAGCAGGGCGACUCUUACGUCCGACCUCCGCCUACCAGACGCCCACCAUCAAGGAGGAGGAGUCAACCCAAGUGGAGAUGAGCGACUUCUCCCCCAGCCUGGAGGGGGAGGGUCAGACUCUGACCAGCUCAUCCCGGCCCGCCAAUUGUAGCCACUUGGUUCCGCCCUUCACUCCAGAGCUUCGAGUGAGAGCCAGCGGCGUUCAAGCUCAGCUCGACUACGACUCACCUGCCGCAGACGCAGCGGCGCCGGCUGUGACUGAGGCGGCCGGUGGUGCGCCGGCUCCCUUCAGCGGUGUCCUCAUGAACGCCAUCACCAGCAUCAUCCACCAAUCAUUGGAUGAGCUCAGAGACGCGUGCCACCGGGACAUUAUCAACCUUCAGGUGGAGAUGAUUCGCCAGUUUUGUAUCCAGCAGAACGAGUUCCAGGCGCUGAUGUCUGCGCAGCACUCGGCCAACGAGGCGCUGCUGCAGGAGAACCAGCGGCUCAAGGAGGAAAACCUUCGCCUCAAGACCAACUACUGAAGACACAAUUUACAUUUAUGCUCAUUAAAAGUUGCCAUGUGAUCAGCGCGUCGAGUGGAGCUUGCACAAACACGAGCAACGCAGGAUGGGCAAAAGUUGGCACUUGAUUCCGAGAUUAGCAGCAACAACAAAAAAUGCAGAGAUCGCAAGGAGGCUUUCAAAUUUAAAAAAAAAAAAAAAAAAGGAUGUGAAAUCACCGGACUCAUCACAAGCAAGAUGAAUACAUGUCUCUUAAAGCUAUUGCUAAUUUUAAAAAU